GCAGCAAAGCAUCCUUCGCGUCUCCCUCCCCCUUGCAAUCCCAGCAUCUCUGGGGCAGCAGCCUCCCAUCCCGCGGCGCUGGGGCCCUGCUGCUGCCUCCCCAGUCUCUGUGCAUCCUCCCCAUCGCUGCUCGGCUCCGUUUUAGCCGUUUCUUUCCCGGCUUCCCCCUGUGCUGCAGGCUGGGAGUGGUACGGUCCUCCCUCCGGCGCCCGUUGCUCUGUGGAUGUUGCUAGAAGGUGAAGGCACCCGCGCAGGCUGCGGAGGCUGCAGCGGCUGCAGCCAGCCCCGAGACGUCCCGGGAGAGGGGGUGGAGGGGAUCCAGCGAGGAGACGCGUGCUCAGCUCCGGCCCUCUCCCUCCCGCGGCUGCUCCCGGGUCCGGCGGCAUCGCAUCGUUAGUGAGGAGCCAUGACCCAGGGGAAGCUCUCUGUGAACAACAAGCCCCCCAACUCCGAGGGGCAAGGGGAGAAGAAGGACAAUGCCACGGCUCCACCAGCUCCUCCGACCUAUGAGGAGGCGACGGCGGGAGAAGGGAUGAAGUCUGGCGCUUAUCCUCCUCCCCCAUCGGUCCCGCUUCACCCCAGCUGGGCUUAUGUUGACCCCAGCACCAGCCCGAGCUAUGGCAGUGGCGGGUACCCAGGGGACACGGAGAUGCUCACGACCUUCAGCUGGGAUGACAGGAACGUGCGCAGAGUGUUCAUCAGGAAGGUUUAUGCCAUCCUGAUGGUCCAGCUCUUGGUCACUGUUGUCAUUGUGGCUUUUUUCACCUUCUGUGAGCCGGUCAAGGGGUACAUUCAGACACACUCUGCCUGGUAUUGGGCUUCCUACGCUGUUUUCUUUGUGACCUACUUGAUUCUUGCUUGCUGCUCUGGACCCAGGAGGUAUUUCCCAUGGAAUCUGAUCCUGCUGAGCAUCUUUACACUCUCCAUGGCUUAUCUCACUGGGAUGCUCUCCAGUUACUACAAUACCAAGUCAGUCCUUCUGUGUCUGGGGAUCACAGCCCUGGUGUGUCUGUCUGUCACCAUCUUCAGCUUCCAGACCAAGUUUGACUUCACCUCCUACCAGGGCGUCCUCUUCGUGAUGCUCAUGGUACUCUUCUUCGGUGGCAUCAUCCUUGCUGUUAUACUGCCCUACCAAUAUGUCCCUUGGCUUCACGCAAUCUAUGCUCUGCUCGGUGCCAUUAUAUUUACUAUGUUCCUGGCAUUUGAUACCCAGAUGUUGAUGGGGAAUCGUCGGUACUCACUGAGCCCAGAGGAAUACAUUUUUGGAGCCCUCAAUAUCUAUCUGGACAUCAUCUACAUCUUCUCCUUCUUCCUCCAGUUCUUUGGAUCCAGUCAGGAGUGAGUGCAGCAAGGUAUCUUCUCUUGCUGGCAAGAUGCAAGCGUUUAAGAAAAAUAUAAGAUGAUGAAAAAAGGAUUAAAAAAAACAACCGAACAAAACCAAACCCAACCUUUCUGGCCCACUAGUAGGCUCCAUUCAAUCAGCUGAGCAAAGCCCCUGGGUUCCUUAUGCAGCUUGUAUAUAUGCUGUUAGGCCUUUGUGAACCAGAAAGCAAAGUAGGGCUUAAGUGUUAUGUCUCUUCUGCUCCCUCCACUCCUACUGAGAUCAAACCAGACCAGAGACUGGGAGGCAUGAGACCAAGAUCUGCUCUCCCCCAGAGGCUGUCAGAGUUGCCUGUCUAAGUCCUGUACAUCAUGGGAUGUUGAAGUGCCCAGACCAGCUCUACAGAGGGAAAAUAAAAUUAAGGGGAGUAAGGAAUUUUGCUAGGAUCCUGGCAGGAAAACCAGUUGAAGAAAGGGAGAAAGGAAAUAAUAUAGGGAAAUAAUUGCAUCCCCCUCUUCCUCUCCUUCAUUCAUUUGGAGCCUUGUGGCCUCUACAGACAUAUAUUCCUGAUAGUGCCUGCUUUUAGAAGUGCAGAGCACGGGACAAUGUAGUCUGGAUGUCCUAGCAAUCAGUCCUCCAGGCACAAGGGAACCUGUUGUUCAGGAUGUGCAGCCUCUUUGAGGAUAUCCCUAAUGACCCUGCAGGAAGAAUUCUUCUGUAUCCUUCGCAUCUGCCCAUGGGGCUGAGUAUGUACUUUCUUUACUUCCCAGAGUGGGAUAGCAGAUCCAUGGGCUGUGGGCUCACCUCCCCACCCAAGGGGACAUGUUCAGUUCUCUGAAGGGUGGCUCUUCACUUGGGAGGGUUGUGAUCCCACGUAAGGAUUAUUGGCAGAGAAGAGAUGGAAGAGGCUGUGCAAAGCCAGGCACCUCCCCAUGGGGGAAAUGGGUGGCUGAGAUCCUGUGACCCAUCCUAGGGAUCUGAUGCCUUCACAAAGUUGUCUUGGUUGCUUGAGAUUAAUGGUCCUAAGUGGUUACUCCCUGGACACUGAGGCCAGGGUGAAUGCCUGUUGCUCAAAACAUGGCUUUGUAGCAAACACCAGUGUCGCCUCUUCCUCUGGCCCUUUUCCAGUUUUGCUCCCCCAAAUGGGGAUGUCAGUGAGAGCACUGGAUGCCUCUGAGUGCUCAGGUAACUUUCCAUCUUCCCCUUGCUCACAUUCCCCUGUUUGGGGGAUUAGCUGGCUAAUUUCUAACUGUAAAGCUCCAGGUGGAGAUAAGAGGCCUUUUGCUCUUAUUUAAAAAGUGAUCCUUUCUACUGAUAGAAACCCGUAUCUUCAAUCUCUCUGGGAAUGCCAGGGCAAGUGCGUCACUAAGCUGCCUCCAGCACUCCCUGCGUGUCCAAGAGAGGCUAUGCCAAAAUGCUCCGUACCACACAUUCCUCCUCUGCUGCUGCCCUGGCUUUUACCCUUCACAUGUUGUAUCUUCCCGCCACACGUGUUCAGUGCCCCAAGCUGGGCAGAGGAAAGUUACUGUGCAGAGUAAAAAUGCUUCAGCCCCUCUGCGGCUGCACUAACCUUGUCCAGGAUCACACAGCAGCACAGCUGAUGCCUUCCAUCUUACCUUCUUCCCCAAAACCCCCUAACUAGAAACGAAAGCAAAGCCAAAAUCAUUUUAAGGAUGAAGGAGACUAUUAGGUGAUGACAGCAUUAAGUUCAUGACCCACUGGUUUCUACAGUGCUUCACAGAGAAGAAACAAGGGCCUUGAAUUGCUGACCAGGCAGAACUGGGAGAGGGGACAGUAUGGGAAGCACCCUAAAAGUUUAUGAAAUAGGAGUUUAAAGAGGGAAUUUUCUGGCUCGGACCCAUGCAGGCACUUCUGAAGUAUCUUAGCAGACUGGCUGUGCAGCCUUUUUCCGCUCACAGCAAAAGGCCUUGUUAGUGUUUCUGCUCUCCAACUUUUGAGGAGGGAGUAUGGAGUUAUGUGGCAAGUUCUGACUCUGAAAUAGUCCCAAAACUCCUCCUCUGGAGGAUAAUUUAGACCAGAGCUCUGCAGCCUUCUUUACUGCACCGGGACUCCUCCAAACUGGCCCUGAAUACCCUUGGACCUGGGGAGAACACGGAUCUGCAGCCCACUCUGGAUCUCUUGCUCUUUUUCCUUCUGGUGUGGAGUAACUUUGCCGCUGCCUGAGCUGCUGCUACGUCCUGGCUUUCUGCUCCCGCGUGGGAAAAGCUUGCAUGGCACCUGCUCUAGCUCCAGGCCACUUGAGUGGGGAUGGCUUGCUGCCCUCCCGUGUCCCUCCACAGGGCUCCCUUCUUGCAUGUGUCCUGGUCCCUCUUCUGCGCUGACCCCUAUGACUUGCAGUCCAUCCAAGCCAGACCUACUGAAAGCACUUGGACUGAAGCACCGAGUAAUACGUACGUGCUCAGAGAGGUGGAAAUCCUCAUGAGGCUGAGUAACACAGGAUUAGGGGUGGGAUACUGCUAUGGGCAUGUUCCUGCUGGGUUCCCUGGCCAUCUGCGCAGCGGAGGUGCAGGGCUGCUUCUCUUCCUCCGUGUGGAUGUCCUUUACCUGAGGUCUGCAUCAUCCAGACCCUGGCUCUGUAUCCCCCUGCUCCUUUUGUCCGGCCAUUCUUAUGAUUUCAUUGUAAAUAGGAUUUUGUAUUUUCUCUGAACAUUGCUAAUAAAUUGUUGCAAAACUGUU